AUGACAGAACUAGAUAUGGAUUCAGGAAAAAGGCCGGCGUUGGGGUGCCCCGGGGAGGCUGGACCGGGGCUGACACUGCCGGGGAGGCGGUGGGGGAAGCCCCCGGGAGUCCCGCUGGGCAAUGAGGCCACGCUGCUGGCUGCCUGUCCUUCCCCCGCCCGCCGCGGCUGCUCCCGCCAUCCCUCCCUCCCCGCCUGCCUCCCGCCCAUCCGCGCCUGUCGCCUCCCGCUGUCGCCCAGCUCUCCCGGCGCGGGGUCCCUUCUCCCUGGCGCUGCCUGGCCGGGAAAGGAGCCUGACUCAUCCCGGCUGGCACCCGGCAGAUGCCGGAGGGAGCAGUCUCGUCCCGCCGCCCGGCACCCGUGGAAGAAGGGCAACGCUGCUCCAGACUCACCUCGCACCCGGCUGGCCAGGAGUUCUUGGCAAGGCAGAUCGGCUGCUCCCGCCAUGCCCCAUUUCUUGGAUUGGUUUGUGCCCGUGUAUCUGAUGAUCUCCAUCCUCAUCCUGGUGGGCUUUGGAGCUUGCAUUUACUACUUUGAACCAGGACUCCAGGAAGCCCAUAAGUGGCGAACACAGAGGCCAAUCAUGGAGCGAGACCUUCGGAAGACGCUGAUGAUUCGGGACAACCUGGCCUUUGGGGUGCCUGAGGUGUGA